CUUAUAUACAUCAAAGUGGGAUUGCUUCUCUUUCUUGAACAAUUUUGUUUAUAGAGUGAUGGGAACAAUGAAGCUGCACGGGCACCCUAUUUCUCCAGCAGUAAGAAGAGUUGCUGCCUGCCUUGAAGAAAAGGGCCUUCCCUAUGAGUUUGUGUUUGUUGAUUUAUCAACUGGUCAGCAGAAGAAGGAGCCCUUCAUCUCACUCAAUCCAUUUGGACAAGUACCAGCUCUUGAAGAUGGAGACUUGAAGCUCUUUGAAUCAAGGGCAAUCACUCAGUACAUCACGCGCACCUACGCCGAUAAGGGUACCCCACUGCUACCAACUGACCCCUUGAAACAGACAAUGGUCUCAGUUUGGAGUGAAGUGGAGUCCCAUGCAUUUGAUGCUGCUGCAUCAAAAUUAUCAUUUGAGAUCCUGAUCAAGCCGAUUCUGGGGAUGAGUACAGAUGAAGGUGCUGUGGAAGUGCAGCAGGGGAAACUAGCCCAGGUUCUUGACGUGUACGAGUCCCGUUUGGGUAAAUCCAAGUAUUUGGGAGGAGAAGAUUUUAGCUUGGCGGAUUUGCAUCAUCUCCCAAUCAUAAACAACUUGCUUGGUACCAAGAUUAAAGCCCUGUUUGAUGCCAGGCCCCAUGUCAGCGCGUGGUGCGCAGAUAUCUUGGCCCGCCCCGCUUGGCAGAAGGUAUUGGCGUCCAUGAACAUGAAGCUCUCCUCUUGAUCCGCCCGUUUUUACGGGUUCUAUGUAAUCAGUAAGUACCAUUUAUGGAGUUAAUAAGCAUCUUGUGCUUCUCCAAAUAAAGAUAUGGAUUUUGUGGUGUUGGAA